AUGGGAAGUGUUUCAACAGCGGUCGGCUGCGCUGUGGGCAUACCAAUUGGCCUGGGCUUGCUGGUUGCACUAUUUUUUUGGUGGAGAUUACAGAGAAGAUUCAAAAGGGAGGAUAAGGAGGAUGCCGAACUCGAGCAAGUUAUUCAGGACGAUAACGGAUACAUAAGCUUCGACAAUUUGGAAACUUUACAACAGCAGGAAUACAAGGAACCGACAAUCUGGCAAAACCAAGAUGCUCCACAGAGUAAUGAUUCUGAAAUUUUUGAGGUUCGCAAAAUACCCCGACAACCCAUCGGUGGCUCAGGCUCUUCCGAUGGUUCUGUUAGCCAGGAGGAAAAGAAUACUCAUGUGACUGGAUCACUGGAGAAUUUAGGGCCUUCCCAACAUCAAGAGCCAUCGUCAAAACAGCAAAGAAAGAGCAAGUAUUUUGUUCCUGCUUACAGAAGGAAGUUAAAUGCAAUUCAAAGCAAGCAAGUAAACGCUGAUGGAAUCUCUACAAGCAACAGUUCAAAUGCGUCUUUGGAGUCAUCUCAAAAAUUGUUUAAGAAACAUAUCAAUAUUUAUGAUCAAAUGAUUCCUGUGGUAGCAGGAGAACCAUCAGCUAUAUCAGAUGACAAGAGCGAUAAAGAUUUCCCCCAAAAUAACGAACUUUUAAUAAAAAACCUCAAAAGCCAAGACUUCGGAUCGUAUCCAACUCGUGCCUCUUCUGCGAGUUUAAACCAGUUAAACAUGGUUGAUCCUUCAAACUCAUCAAUAAAGCAGACAGCAAGCGUAGAGAAUGUAUUUGAUACUCCAAAAAGUGAAAGGGUACUGAACAGUGACGAGAAAUUGGAGAAACCGGAUGACGUAUAUCUAUUAAGGAAUAACUACGACAUAAUGAACACCAGCGAAAUUGCAGAAGAGGAUCAAUACGAGAAUGAAUUCACAAACUACACCGAGAACAAGAGGGAAUUUAUAGAUAGCCUGAGGCCUAAGAAAAAAUAA